CUCGUGUUCCUUCUCACCUCCUUGUCCAAUUCUGAUGCAAUACUAGCUAGAAGUAUAAGCUAAGUGAGCUCACACUUAUUAGGGGACAAAAUUUAGGUAAAAAAGGUGACCCAACCAUUUUAAUUUUGGUAGAGCAAAUUAAUUAGCACUUAGCAGACUAGCAGAUUGAGUGAGGAAAUAAGUUAAAAAAUGGCUCAGGCAACAUCUACGACGGCACCUCAGCACAAAGAAAUGGAGUACUUUCCAUUGAUAAGCGGCCACAAAAUACCAGCAGUGGGAUUGGGUACUUGGAAGUCUGGUUCUCAAGCUAUUAACUCUGUCUUCACUGCUAUCACUGAGGUUGGUUAUAUGCACGUGGAUACAGCUUCACAAUAUGGUGUGCAAGAAGAGGUUGGUCAUGCAGUUAAAGCAGCUAUGCAAGCCGGCAUAGAAAGGAAGCAUUUGUUUAUCACCUCAAAGCUAUGGUGUACUGAUUUAUCUCCAGAAAGGGUUCGUCCGGCUUUCAACAAUACUCUUCAAGAACUUCAAUUAGAUUACCUCGACCUCUAUCUUAUUCACUGGCCAUUUCACUUGAAAGAUGGAGCUAGUAGACCACCCAAGGCAGGUGAGGUGAUGGAGUUUGACAUGGAAGGUGUGUGGAGGGAGAUGGAGAAACUUGUCAAGGAAAAUCUUGUUAAGGACAUUGGGGUUUGUAAUUUUACAAUCAAGAAGCUCAAUAAGCUCCUUGAUAUUGCUCAAAUAAUGCCCUCGGUUUGCCAGAUGGAAAUGCACCCAGGAUGGAGGAAUGAUAAAAUGCUGGAGGCUUGCAGGAAAAACAACCUACAUGUAACGGCAUACUCACCAUUGGGAUCACAAGAGGGAGGAAGAGAUUUGGUGCAUGAUCCAGUGGUAGAUAGGGUGGCAAAGAAGUUGAACAAGAGCCCUGGCCAAAUAUUAGUUAAGUGGGCUUUACAAAGAGGAACCAGUGUUAUACCAAAGUCUACUAACCCAGAUCACCUCCAAGAGAACAUUCAUGUCUUUGAUUGGGAAAUACCUGAGCAAGAUUUUGAAGCCCUUUGCACCAUUAAAAACCAGAGGCGUGAAUUGGAUGGGGAAAAUCUCUUUGUUAAUAAAAGCGAUGGACCAUUUAAGAGUGUUGCUGAUGUAUGGGAUCAUGAAGAUUAAUUAGAUGAUUGACUUCAACAAUGCUGAUCAACACUAGGACAACGUUGAUGACUGAUGAGAGUCAUUAAGUUGUUAAGCAUCUUGUUUUUGGUGGCCUACGUUGAUUAGUGAUGGUUAUUUUACACUUGCUGUCAUAAAAAAAAACGUUAGCAAGAGUGCUCAUAUAAAUUUGUGGAACCCUAAACUUUGGACUUUCGUCACAAAGAUAACUUUCAUUUUGUUGAAUACGUUGUACUUCCUCCAUCCCAUAAUAUAGUGCUUGUUUCUUGUUGAAUACGUUGUACUCCCUUCAUCCCAUAAUAUAGUGUUUGUUUCUUUUUUA